AUGAACGACGCGACGGGCAAUCCAGCUCAUGCGCUCAUGAGUCUCGUCAGCUUCCCGAACGAAGCUUCCCUGGUGCUCAUCCAGGAGCGACUGGAUCAGCUCAUCCAGCAUCAUCUCGAUCGAGAGAAGAGAUCAGUCAGCGCGCAGCUACUCGACCUGCACGUCGAAGAGAUCUUCGCUCGUCCGCUACGGGAUGCAAUAGAAGAGAAUGUUGCAAUCGAGACCAUGCCUCUGCGCGAGUAUCGCAAUCAGCAAGCAGCGCUGGCGACGGCAACGAGGGGCGAAGAGCCACUCGAUGAUGUCCUGAAUGACUUCAUUGUGCAUUUCGAGCAGGCCACAGCCGAGGCGAGAGCCGACAAUGCAAACAAGAGACGAACAAUGCCAGCUGAAUUAGCCCAGCGGACAAGCGAUGUGCUCGGAAAGUCACGCAGGAAGCUUGACCUGGCUGUCGCGAGGCAAUCUGAAGCUCUCGCGUCUAUGCCAGCGCCCGCAGUCGAGCCAAUCCAGUCCCUACCUGACAGAGAACGUACGCUGCAAGAACAUCGGCUCACGGUAGCCAUAGCAGAUGCCAAAUUUGACGCCGUGGCCGUCGAGACGACUGCAAGAGCCGAGCAGGCGAUACAAGUCAUUCAGAGCUUGUCCAGCGCGUAAUAUGCAUCUAC